AUGAGUUCACUCCGACCUUGUUUGGCCAGGAGUUUCAGGUUUUAUUCAACUAGAAGGUACGCAUUUUUUUGGUUUUAGGUAUUAAUUAAAUUGCAAUUGGAAAAUAAGAAAAUUGUAUUUUCAGAGAUGUCUACAAACUACUUGAGGUCUCCAGAAGUGCCACUCCGGAGGAAAUCAAGGAUUCCUACUACACAUUAUCCAAGAAAUAUCAUCCAGACAGUCCAACAGCUGAUCCAAAAAGGUUUUUGGAGAUAAAAAAUGCGUAUGAAAAGCUAAGAGAUCGAAAAAAGACAUCAGAAGAGAAUGGCAAAUCUAGUUUGCAUAGGUUUACACGAGAGGAUUUGGAAAAGGCAAGGGGUUUGAUGAAAAUUUGUAUUAAUUUAUGUCAGAAAUACAUAUUUGACAAUUUUAGGUGGAUGAACGGUUCAAGAACUACUAUAGAUCGCGGACGGUGGAUUAUAAAGCACACAAACCGGUGUAUACGGUAAAGGAGGAUGUUGGGGAAUACGAGAAACCGCAUAAAAUAGGUUUUUUCGAGUAAGUUUGUACUACUUUAGUUGUCUUUGUAAAGUUAGGACGUAAUUAGUAAUAUAAAAUGAAUUAUUGAAUGUUCAGACGUGCCGUGGAUUACAUAACUGAUAUCCCCAUUGUGAUUCGAGCAGUACUUUGUGCCUCAUUCGGCAUCUUCCUUGGAACGAUGACUUUUUUUACGAUGAGGUAGGUUAAAACCCCAGGUUACAGUAAGAUUUAACCUUUUAGAAUGAAAAAAAUGGAACGAUAUCGUCGAGAAAACCCUCAUCUAGUCUGUGAAUAA